AUUUUCCGUUUUCUGUCAUAUUUUAGGUAAACAAAACCGUUGAAGGGACAUUACUUGGUUUGCUGUCUACUUAUGAAGGAAACGUUGGUGGAAUUAUUACCAUGGCUUGGAACGGUCUUUUUGUUACUUUUGAAUGCUGUGGAGUGAACAAACAAUCAGAAACAGAUGAUUUUUCCAUGUCAAUUUGGAAUUCCACCCGUGGAUCACAGAUUAUACCAGGGUACUGCUGUAAGGAAGCAGAUUAUCUCUCUGGGCUACUGUUGGCCGGUAAAGAAUGCACCACCAAUCCAACAUCAUUGAACUCUUACUAUGGUGAGGGAUGUUACACAUCUAUCGAAGAAGCAGUCGAGGAGUACAGCAGUAUAUUCAUUUCUGCAUCAUUUGCAGUCUUUGCAGUUGAGAUGAUAGCAGUUAUAGCAUCGUUUUGCAUGUGUCGCCAGAUAUCUGCUGAUCUGGAACAUUCAAACAAUGAGAGAAAGAAUGCCAACAAGAGAUGGAUCAAACAUAAAGACAAUGCUUAA